ACGUUGCAGAUAGCAGGAGUUAGAAUUUAGAAAGGAGGAGUCAACGAAGGGGAGAGAGAGAGAGAGAGGGAGAAUUGCCAGGUGGGUAGAUUCACCGCCAGCCAUAGUUGGUAAUGGGCAUUCAAUUCUCGGAUUUAGUGUGUAGUGCUACUAAAAGCUAGUACUGCAUUUUUUUCCCACUGUCCGUUAAGUUUGGCUAACUCUGUACUGCCAAACAACUUUUGCAGUACAACAUUGAUGAUGAGUAAUCUGCUUUUUUUCUGGACUGUGGCCGCUUAAUGCUUCGCUUUGGUGGAUUGGUUGGAAAUCGACGUUUGACAAUCGCCUCCUUCUUCCCCCUCCCACCCUUCUCUGUUCCUUUUCUGAUGAUUCUAGUUCUUUAUAAAUUCGAGAUGUCUCUGUUCCAGUUUUGAUGACAUCCCCACACGCCCACCUCCUCUGCCUGUCGGGUAUAUAAAUCACCAUCUCCAGAUUCCUUCAGUCUUUCUGUGUUCACGACAUUUAGCUCGGAAUUCAAUGCUUUUGUAGUGAAGGGUCGCCGCAAAGAAGAGCUGAAUCAGCGCAAGUCUUGGUCUUUCUUCCUUGUGAUAGUUGAUUACAUCAAGUUGGAAUGGUUUUGGCUGUUUUCAAAAUAAGGCCAAGAAUAUAACAGACAGGAUAGGAGUAGGGAAGAAAAAUCCAAGCCAGGAAGAAAACGAAAGCUGGAUUCUUGAUUUGGGUAAACAGGCAAAGAGAAGAAGUGAGGGAGCUAGCAGUCCUCUGAGCAAUGAGUCAAGUGGGGGAUAUGGGCAGUAAUGGGGAGGAAAUGAAGGAGAUUCAAAGGCGGGAAACAGAUGAAGUAAGUGAGAACAUUAUGGGUAAAGACAAAGUUGAGGUUGCUGCUGCUGCAUCAGCAGUAGGGGAGGAAGAAGAGGAAGUGAAGAGGGUUGUUCCCUGGACGAAACAGAUCACGAUCAGAGGGAUGGUGGCCAGCCUUGCAAUUGGGUUUAUUUACAGCGUGAUUGUGAUGAAGCUGAACCUCACAACUGGGUUAGUCCCAAACUUCAAUGUCUCAGCAGCUCUGCUUGCGUUUGUGUUUGUGAAGUCGUGGACCAAGUUCCUGAAGAAAGCUGGGUUUGUCUCCAAACCCUUUACAAGACAGGAGAACACAUUGAUUCAGACCUGUGCUGUUGCUUGUUACAGCAUUUCUCUUGCAGGUGGGUUUGGGUCUUAUCUUUUGGGUUUGAAUAGGAAGACCUAUGAGCAAGCUGGGGUUAACUCGGAGGGCAAUAAUCCUAGGAGUGUAAAGGAACCUGGGAUUGGCUGGAUGACUGGUUUCCUCUUUAUAAGCAGCUUUGUUGGGUUACUUGCUCUAGUUCCCCUAAGGAAGAUCAUGAUAAUCGACUACAAACUGACAUAUCCGAGUGGAACUGCUACUGCAGUUCUUAUUAAUGGAUUUCAUACACCUAAGGGAGACAAGAUGGCCAAGAAGCAGGUUCAAGGGUUCUUGAGGUUCUUUUCUUUGAGCUUUAUUUGGGCUUUCUUUCAAUGGUUCUACACCGGUGCACCCAAAUCCGAAAUCAAUUGUGGUUUUGUUCAGUUCCCCACCCUCGGAUUGGUUGCUUUUAAGAACACGUUUUACUUUGAUUUUAGCUCGACAUACAUUGGAGCAGGAAUGAUUUGCUCUCAUCUUGUUAAUUUGUCGUUGCUCUUUGGCGCCGUGCUUUCUUAUGGUGUGAUGUGGCCACUGAUCGGGAGACUCGAAGGAAAGUGGUUUCCUUCAGGAUUGCCAAAAAGUAGUAUGAAGGGCCCCAAUGGUUACAAGGUGUUCAUUUCUAUUGCUAUGAUACUGGGAGACGGGCUGUACAAUUUCCUCAAGAUACUCUAUUUCACAGCUACCAGCAUUGUUACAAGUGCAAGAACAAGAAGAAAUGUCCGAACCCGUCCUGAGAAUCAGAACCAACCUCCAAUCGAUGACCUCCGAAGAAAUGAAAUAUUUGUGAGGGAGACAAUUCCAAUUUGGGUAGCCUGCGUAGGAUAUCUUGCCUUCUCCAUCAUCUCCAUCAUAGUGAUCCCUCUCAUGUUCCCCGAACUCAAAUGGUACUACGUUGUGGUUGCCUACGUUCUCGCCCCUUCCCUCAGCUUCUGCAAUGCAUAUGGUGCAGGGCUAACAGACAUGAACAUGGGCUACAACUACGGCAAAGUAGCCCUCUUCAUCCUAGCAGCAAUAUCAGGGAAGGAAAAUGGCGUCGUUGCAGGGCUCGUAGGGUGUGGGCUUAUCAAGUCAAUCGUCUCCAUCUCUUCAGAUCUGAUGCAUGAUUUCAAGACAGGUCAUCUCACUCUAACAUCCCCCCGUUCCAUGCUUCUCAGCCAAGCAAUUGGCACAGCCAUUGGUUGUGUCGUAGCUCCACUCACGUUCUUCAUAUUCUACAAGGCAUUCGAUGUUGGAAACCUUGAAGGCGAGUACAAGGCCCCCUUUGCUAUCAUCUACAGGAACAUGGCGAUUCUUGGAGUGGAAGGCUUUUCCGCCCUUCCCAAGCACUGUCUGCAGUUAUGUUAUGGGUUCUUCGCGUUUGCCAUAGCGGCCAACCUGUCGAGAGACUUGUUGCCGAAGAAAGUGGGGAAGUGGGUUCCAUUGCCCAUGGCAAUGGCUGUGCCUUUCUUCGUCGGGGCGUACUUCGCGAUUGAUAUGUGUGUGGGGAGCUUGGUUGUUUUCGUGUGGCACAAGUUGGACAGCAGGAAAGCUAGGUUGAUGGUUCCAGCAGUGGCUUCUGGGUUGAUAUGUGGAGAUGGGUUGUGGAUUCUGCCUGCUUCGAUUCUUGCAUUGGCUAAAGUGACUCCCCCGAUUUGUAUGGGCUUCAUGGCUAGCAAAUAGGGGUUUUGGAGAUAUGGGAAGGAAGUGAAUUGUGAGGGAUAUGAAAGGUUGAGCUGGUGAUUUAGUUGUAAUGAGAAGGUAGAGGGUCAGGUGAAAAUAGGAUCUUUAUAUAGAUAAAGAUUGAGCUUUGAGCAGUUAGGGUGCAUAGUCAUAGCAUGCUUGAGGUUUUCUUACCAGAACUGGUGAAAAUAUUGAGUUAUUAGAAGAAGAAAAAUGUAUGAAGUUUGAAAGUUGAUACAGAGAGCUCUACAGGGUUCAAUUCUGAUGCCUGGAUUCUGUUCUUAUGUUGAUUAUCAACUUUGACCAUAUCGCUUGCUCUGUGUUUGACAAGGAGCAAAUGGAAGAGCUUAGCCGGCAAUUAAAAAUUGCUGUAGUUCACAGGCAACGGGCACAUUGUCUUAUUUCCAAGGAGUGUGAAUAUUAUACUUCCAUCAAAAAGACAUUGUAUUUCCAAGGAGUGACAAAUCAAUGACCAUAUCCAUUGGGAACCCAAAUUGCAAAUGUAAGAUGGAUUGUUGUCACCAAUGUUUUAGGUCAAAGCACAC